UUUUUAUACUUUAGAUGAUAGACUUUAGAUGUAUUGAUUUUAUGGUAAGUUGCUUCAGAAUAAAUAAUUAAAAAACUAAUUCUAAGUUAUAAAAUUUAGUAGAGGAGAAAAGCUUCAUAGUCCAUUUGGUUUCUUACGAUGUUGUGAUAUUGGGUGGUUCGUUCCUUUCCUUGAAUCCGACAGUGGAGAUUAUGGAAAGUUUGGAGAUGUCUUCCACCUUUGGAGAAAAGCACGAUGUUUUUCUGAGCUUCAGAGGAGCGGACACACGAACAAACUUCACAAGCCAUCUUCUGAAUGCUCUGACUCAGAAAUCAAUCAGCGCAUUCAUAGAUUACGAACUCAUCAGAGGAGACUACACUUGGCCAGCCCUUGAAACAGCAAUCGAGAAGUCCCUUCUGUCAAUUGUUGUUUUAUCCGAAAACUAUGCUUCCUCCACCUGGUGCUUGAAAGAGCUGGCGCAUAUACUCGAAUGCAGAAGAAAGCGAGGUAUGGUUGUUAUACCCGUCUUCUAUGAAGUAGAUCCCUCACACGUGAGGAAGCUGAGUGGGAGUUUCGAGAAGUCAUUCGCAAAGCAUGAGCGAGACAGCACAUCAUUUGACCGAAUAUCCCAGAGGAAGGAUGUUUCUAUGUGGAAAGCUGCUCUCAAAGAAGUAGCCAAUAUUUCUGGAUGGGACUCCAGAUCAUACAGAGAUGAAGCUCAGGUCAUCCAGAAUCUUGUCAAUGAUGUAUUGCAAAAGCUACACCUAAGAUAUCCUACGGAACUAAAUGGCUUAGUCAGAAUUAAAAAUACUUGUGCAAAGGUGGAUUUGUUACUGCGAAAAUCUCGAGUCAUUGGAAUUUGGGGUAUGGGGGGAAUUGGCAAGUCAACCAUUGCUAAAGCCUUGUUUGCCAAAUACUUUCCCUAUUUUGAUCAUGUCUGCUUCAUGGCCAAUGCAAAUGAAUUUUCGCUUGAUAAGCUUUUCUCUGAGCUAUUCAGAGAGGAAGUUUCCGCAUCAAAUGUGGUAGGAUCAUCAUUUGAUAUGAGGAGACUCAAAAGGAAAAGGAUUUUCAUUGUACUUGAUGAUAUGGAUUGUUUAGACCUAUUGGAAUAUUUAUGUAGAGAGUAUCAGAGCCUAGAUCCCAAUAGUAAACUCAUCAUAACAACACGUGAUAAGCAAUUGCUUGAGGGAAGAGUUGAUCAGAUCUAUGAGGUCAAGAAAUGGGAAACCAGAGCAUCUUUAAAGCUUUUUUGCUUAGAAGCAUUCAAGAAAAGACAUCCCAAAAGGGGUUAUGAGAGUCUCUCAGAAAGUGCAGUUGAAUAUGCUGGUGGUGUUCCAUUAGCUCUUAAAGUUUUGGGUUCAUAUCUUCGUUCAAAAGGUAUCAAUUUUUGGGAAAGUACUAUAAGAAAACUCAGCAUGUAUCCUAACGAGAGAAUUCAGAAAGUGUUAGAAGUGACCUACACUGGAUUACAUGAUCUUGAAAAGAAUAUAUUCCUAGACAUUGUAUUUUUUUUCAAAGAGAAACAGAAAGAUCAUGUCAUAACAAUACUAGAUGCCUGUGGUUUUGAAGCAACUAGUGGAAUAGAAAUUCUCGCAGACAAAGCUUUGUUAACAAUUUCAUAUAGAAAGAUAAUACACAUGCAUGACUUGCUGCAACAAAUGGGUUUGGAGAUUGUUCGUCAAGAGAGUAGUGGGGAUCCUGGUAGACGUAGUCGAUUGAAGGAUAAAGAAGCUCGGGAAGUGAUUGAAGAAAACAAGGGAACUAGUGCUAUUCAAGGCAUAGCAUUAGAUCUGUCUCAAAUUAAAGGUUUAAUUUUGCAUGCUGAUACAUUCACAAAAAUGAAAACCUUGAGAUUUCUAAAAUUCUACAACAAAUUGGGUCAGAGUGCCAGAGAUACAUACCUUGACCUUCCUGCAACUCUCGAGCCAUUUUCUGAUAAACUGAGGUACAUUGAGUGGAUUGGAUACCCGUUUGAGUCUCUUCCAUCACCUUUUUGUGCUAAGGUUCUUGUUGAGAUUCACAUGCCACACAGCAAAGUAAAACAACUUUGGCAGGGGAUCCAGGAGCUUAAUUAUUUAGAAGGAAUUAACCUAAGACAAUGCAAGCAGUUUGAGGAGCUUCCGGAUUUGUCUAAGGCACCGAGACUUAAAUGGGUGAAUCUCUCCUGCUGUGAAAGUUUGUGCUAUCUUCAUCCAUCUGUUUUAUCCUCAGGCACCCUUGUUACUUUGAUACUGGAUAAGUGUACAAACCUCAAGAGUGUUAAAAGUGAGAAAGAUUUAAAAUCUCUUGAAAAGAUCAGUGUCAAUGGCUGCUUAAAUCUGGUGGAAUUUGCAGUUUCGUCCGAUUUAAUUGAAAAUUUGGAUUUAAGCAAUACAGGAAUCCAAAUGUUGGGCACAUCAAUAGGGAGUAUGCAUAAACUUAAGUCGCUCAAUCUGGAGGGCUUAAAACUCAAGCCUGUUUUAAAAGAGCUAUCUUGCUUGACAUCGCUGAAGGUGCUGAAGAUUUCUGAUAAUGGACUAGUUAUUGACAAACAGCAAAUACAUGUCCUGUUUAGUGGAUUAAGGUACUUACAAAUACUAUAUUUGAAAGAUUGUAGUAAGUUGUUUGAACUCCCCGACAAUAUCAAUCUCUUAACACAAUUACAAGAACUAAGGUUAGACAGAAGCGAUUUGAAAAGGUUGCCCGAAAACAUUAAGAAUCUUCAAAUGUUGGAAAUUCUGUCCCUGGAGGAUUGCAAGGAGCUUCUUUGCCUGCCAACGUUUCCAUCCCUCAUCAAGUACUUACGUGUCAUUAACUGCACAUCAUUGGUGUCAGUGUCAAACUUAAAGACUUUGGCAAUAGAGAUGUUGGGAAUGACCAAACGCAUUACAUUCAAGAAUAGCGGGAAAUUGGAUGAAGAUUCACUCAGAAUUAUUAUGGAAAGCCUCCAUUUAACAAUGAUGAGUGCUGCAUAUCACAAUGUGUUAGUAAGAAAAACAUAUGGGACGUACAACAGCUGCAACUAUACGAGUGUUGAGCUUUGUUUACCCGGAGGGAGUGUCCCUGAGCAGAUUCAUUAUCGAUCCACUCAGUCCUCCAUUACCAUUGUACUUCCUCCACAUUCUGAAUUACUGGGCUUCAUUUACUCAGUGGUUCUUUCUCCAGCUGGUGGAAAGAAGACUUUUGGCACUAAGAUAUUUUGUAAAUGCCACUUGCCAGAAGAAGGUAUAAAAGCAACAUGGCUAUAUGGUGAUAUCAGGGGAUUGAAGUCGGAUCAUGUUUAUGUAUGGUAUGAUCCAUUACACUGUGACAGCAUUCUCAAAUAUUAUAAACAGUCAAAAGUUUGUUUUGAGUUCUGUGUUGCAAAUGAUAAGGGGGAAGUUGACGGUUCCAUCUGUAUUAAAGAGUGUGGAGUAGGGCUUGUAAAUGUUUUAGAAAUGCAUAGUGUUUUACAAGAGUUGGACUUUGAUUCGGAUAAGAAAAAGGAGUUGGUGGAGGGAGUGGAGUCUGAAUCAAAGCAUAGAAAGCUAGAUUGGAGUGAAUCAAGCUCUUCAGAUAGUCUAACAACUCCAAGGAGCUCCUCUGAGUCAGACUCAGAGAUUGUUAAACCAGUUUCAGCUGAAAAUGGUAAAUCAACUCACAAGGAAACCAAAACUGAUUCUGGAACAAGUGUGGUCAAAUACAAAAAUAAUAAAGAAGUGCCAAAAUCAGAUGCAACAUUGCAUGAGACCAUGGAGUCACAUUCAGACAAUCAAAAUCAGUUUAGAGAAAAGUCAGUCACACAAUCAGAGAUAGUAGAGAUGAUUGAGCUAGAGAACACUGAAUCUACUUGCAAGGAAACCCUGAGCACUGCUGAAAGAGGUCCCAAAGAAAAACUUAGAGAGUCUACAAAAAUUGUGGCCGAUGAACAUUUACAGAGCACAUCUCUUCAAGCCUCUUCCCAAGGGGGUUCUGAGCACUUGCAUGAUAGGUUAGAAGAAUCAAAGAAGCAAGUUGUAGAAACUUAUGAUACAGAGAAAUUUGUUACUAAAUACUCGUACUUUGACCUUGAGAGUUGCCUCCAACAGUUGGAUGAAAAUCCAUUUGCAAUCCUUGACUUACUCUCUAAUGAGCUAUCCCCUCUGAAACAAUCAGAAACUUGUGUUCAAAGGGUAGCUCAAGCAAAUGAUGCUACAACCGUCCUCAAUGAAUUCCGAACCUUAGUGUUCUCAACUUCAUUGCUAGAGAAACUUCCAGACCAAUCCUAUCGGCAACAAAUUGAAGAGUCACUACGAAAACUUCACACUUAUCGUAGAGAAAUUACGGAGGAGCAAGAAGGUGUAGACAAAUUUAUCGAGCUAUACGAAAAAGCUGCCAACAUUUCUCAAGAAAAGAUGCUAACCGAGGAUAAACAAACAAAACUGGCAUCUAAGAAGAGAGACUUGUAUAACAAACUUCAAGAUUCUAAACUGAAAGUUCAACAGUUUGACACUGCCAUCUCAACUGAUAAGUCAGAGAUUGAAAACCUCCAAAAGAGACAAAGGGAAAUCCAGGAAGCUAUAAAUAAGCUUCAACAAGAAAAUGAAGCCUUGGAAAAGGAGAGGUCAGCACUAGAGGUUUUAUACUCAGGAAAACAAACCAAGAAGAACGAAACACUUGAACUAGUGAAGCAUAUAUCGACUUCUGUUGUUUACACAACCAAACAAUUAGAAGAACUUGAAGAGAAAAGAUUGAGUUUGGCUUCAGCUUACGAAGACCUCAAAGAGCCAUAUGGAACAAUGAAGACAAAGCCCCCAUUUUAGUUUUUUUCCUGAGGUUUUUCUUUUGAUGUAAUUUUUAUUUGAAUCAUUCCACUGGUAAGUUCCUGGCUGUAAAUAAGUGUGUUGGGUUGAAGAUGAUAGAUAUUUGUUGAAAGUGAAAUUUGUAUGGAUGAUGUAAGAGGUUUUAAUUAGUAUUUAAUUUCAAGUUUUACGUAUUUUGUACGGAUUGAUUCAAAAUACUAUAGCUGUUGAUAAGUCACAAGGUUUAACUUUCAAGUGUAUAUAAUAAUUAAUCUUUUUCUU